CAUCGGCAGGGGCGUUGCGGAGACUUCCGUCCAGCUUCCCUGAGAGCUCCAAAAAUUGUUCCUGGGAAACUGCAGCAGCGUAACGACUCCUGAGCAACCAACGCCGCCCGCCAAAACGCCAUGAUUGUCAGAAGCAUAGUCAGCCGGCAUGGCAGCAGAGCCCUGCUGGCGCCAGCAGUUGCCCGAUCAUGCCACCGCGCCGGCAUCACGACCGACGCCCUCGUUGGCGCCAUGACGCCCGAGACGUUUGCAGAUCUGACCACCUCCGCGGCCCUCGGCCAGAUUCCCCACGCUGCCGCUGCCUCACUGCAGAACGACCCGGAUGCGGCAGCCAAGCGCGCCGAGGCGAUUGAGGCCCGCUCCAAGACGGUGCCCAACGCCUAUAACCGCUUCCGCCGGCAGCAGAACCUCAACGCCCGCGUCGGCGCCGCCGUCGGACGGCCGUACGUGCCCUCGCAGCUCAUCGAGAACCCGCCUCACCCGAAGGACAUUAGCCUGGAGCUGCUGAUGGCGAGUCAGACGCACAUGGGACAUCAUACGUCCCGCUGGAACCCGGCCAACGCAAAGUACAUCUACGGUGUGAGGCAGGGGAUUCACAUUAUUUCCCUCGAGACUACGGCUGCGUACCUCCGUCGUGCGGCGCGUGUGGUUGAAGAGGUGGCGUACCGCGGCGGGUUGAUCUUGUUUGCGGGCACGCGCAAGGGACAGAUGGACAUCGUGACGGGAGCGGCGAAGCUCGCGGGCGGGUGUCACUUGUUUACCAAGUGGACGCCGGGCAACAUUACGAACCGCGACGUGAUUAACCAGGGGAAGGAGGUGCGGAUCGUGGACGAGAAGGAUAUCACGCUGCAGGGGUUUGAGAGGUUGCAGAGGACGGGGCGGCCGCUGGUUCCGGAUCUGAUUGUGUGUUUGAACCCGAGGGAGAACUAUACCAUGCUGUACGAGUGUGGGUUGGCGAACGUGCCGACGAUUGGGAUUAUUGAUACGGAUGCGAACCCGGAUUGGGUCACGUAUGCCAUUCCUGCCAACGAUGACAGCUACCGAUCCGUCGCCGUCAUCGCGGGCGUCCUCGGACGUGCGGGCGAGGCGGGCCAGAAGCGCCGUCUCGCGGCCGCGGAGAAUGGCGAGUCGGAGUGGACCACCCCGCUGGAGACGCAACGAUUCAUGAAGGCCCAGGGGAACGCGUGGGAGAGGGAAAUAAAGAAGUGGCAGUCGACGGCCUCGCACGCGGCGCACAAUGCGGAGGAGGGCGAGGAGGCGAGGUUGCUUGAGAUGUUGCAGGUUGAUCGGAGCAAGGCUGUUGAUGGUGAGCUUUGAAGUUCUCCGAUGGGCAAUUAGGUUGAAGUGAGUGUUGAGGAUUGAGGAGAUGGAGAUG